UCUCCUUUUAUGCAGAUGGUUCAUUUGGUGUACUGUCCUGUUUUGCCGUCUAAAGCCUGGAUAUAUACUGUUCAACGUGCUCUUGUUGCCCAUAAGUCGGAUGGAAACUAUUUGGAUCAUUGGAUAAACAUUCUUGUCAACUCUAUUGUUGUUCUUCCAUUUAUGGUUCAGGUUGACCAGCUCAAAGUAUUGAAGGAAGCUGAGAAGAAGUUUAACUUCUCCCCUGAUACUAAACUAGAGAAGAAAGCGUCCAUGAAGAGAAGACAGAGUUUACUCAAGCUCUCCUCCCUUGUCGAGAAUAUGAGAGAACAGCCACAGAACAGACCCUUUAUUGACAUGCUUCUGCCUGAUAUGAACAUGUUUGCAGCUCCAUUUCUCUACGAUGAUAUUAGACAAGAAAUAAAGGAUCAAUGGUGGGCAAAUCCUCGGCAGAAUCUUGAUACAAAGAGUAUUCAAGAAAACAUAAGGGACCAAGGACUGAAACGAAGGUUGGAUACACUUCAACCAAGUUUUGUUGAAGAAAACAUCAAAGUUACUCUCAACCAAUUAGAAGUAGGAGGGUUUAUCAACGUACCUCUGCUGAACCCUGCCCCUACUAAGAAGGAAUAUUUCUGGUUGUGGACUCUCAUAAUUCUAGAGAAUAUUGUAGCGCUAACUAUUGAGGUGGUGAAUGGUGGUGUUUGGACAUCCCAGGGUCACUACUACAGUUGGGAUAUUAGGCUUACAUCUUUAGGCUUAGCUUUUCUAUUCUUACUCAUGUAUUACAAGAGAUACCAUAUACUUAGGGAUCUAAUGAAUGGUUCAGUGAGGGGAACAUGGCUUCACUAUCUACCUAUCUGUUGUUGCUGUUCCAAUGAAACACCAAUGCAAGCUCCUGCAAAUGAGGAUGCUAUAGACCGAGUUUUGAACUCUGGACAAGGAGAAUUUAGAUCUGAAGGAACGCAAACAGAUCAGAUCAGGACUACACAGACAGACACUCAAACAGAACCAGACAGACAAGCUAACAUGGUGCAGCACGUGUGCACCACGUGUCAACGGAAAGAUCUACUGCCGGUUCCGGUUCAAACAGAAAAUAAUCUAAACCCUGCCGCAAUAUUUCCUAUAACAGAAACAACAUAGACAACGCACAAAAUUCAAGAUUUUGCAUGAUAUCGUAAAAAGUUUGAAAAGAGAUUUCUGUAUCUGACAAUGUAAUUUCGUCAGAUUUUAAAACAACAGAGCAGCUUAAUACUCUUCUUUCAAAUCCUGUCAUAGACGAAACACAAGUUCAUUUAGUUUUUUCCUUUCCAUAAACUUAAAGUUUAUAUUCUUUUUGAUUUAUUAAUUAAAUUCACUAUAAAAUGCGGGAAUUGAAAACAGAUUAAUCGUAAUAGUGAAGUAUUUGUUUGGAAACUGCAGUUUCCAUUUUUGUUUUCUCGGCAUAGAAAUCUGAUUUCAGGACUCGAAAAGAUUGCUGUUAA